UUUUAGUUUGUAUCUGAUCGUCAAUUGGACAAAGUCGGGUUAACUUCUCUUUAUAAAUUGAAGAAUGUUCUAAAGUUUUAAAUGUGAACAAAUAAAAAAAUUUGAUACUAGUUUAUAGUGUUGCUGUUGGGUUUUUUUUAAUUCAAAGAAAUUAUUUAUAAUUGCAUAAGAACAAAAGUUAUUAGUGAAGCAAAAAAAAAUAACAACAACAAAAAAAGAAGUAAGGGGGUUUUUCUAGGAAAAAGCUAGAAAAGUACUCAAGUACCAUUUAAUUCUUCAGAAGUAAGCUUAAAACUUUAAAAAAAAAAAUCAAAAUGAGUUUAUGGUCUUCUGUAACGAAUUUAGUUGCCAAUGGCAUGUAUGAGAUGAAAUCCUUUUAUGAUCGAAAAGGAAUGUAUGAUAUUCGUGUUAACUAUGCACUUUGGAUUGAAGAAAGAUUAGGAUGCAAAAGAUCAGAUAAAAUUGAAGAAGCAGCUAUACUAUUCGUUAACGAUUUAAAAGAACACAUACGUCUCACAGAAGAUCAUCAAACUUUCACCGUAAUAACCAGCCGUAUGGGACAAAUCACAGAAUUAGAAUUCUACACACAUCUAAUCGAUGGUAUGGCAAAAGAAGUCUUGCUAGUUGGUGAAAUAACACCUAGCAAUGAAAUGCCUCAACUUGAAUUCAUACAAAGCCUCAUCAAAUCUUGCAAUGAAUUCUAUCAAAUACCAAAUCUUAGUCUUGACGGAGAAAUCGAUCCAAAUCAAAUGAAUGAAUUAAAUGAUCCUGUUAGUUAUUUGACAAAAAUCUUUCAAGGCUAUGAUCUUAGUCAGAGAUCAGUUUUUGAUGAACUCAAAAACUGGCAAAGACAACAGAUACGAAUUUGUAAUGUCGAUGUUCCACAGAAAGAUAAUUCCAAUCAAAUACAAAAUAAUGUUCAAAUAAAUAAAUUAAAUCAAAUACAAAAUUGUAUUGAAUUGUUGGUGGAAGUAACUUUUAGAUUGCUGCAGUUGAUUGAUUCGGUAAGGAUGAGAAGAAUGCGAAAUAGUGCUUUGCCCGAUGAACGGCUUGAACAAUUGGCACAGGAAAUUAGAAUUAAACAAGAGAAUUUGAUGAUUGAUUCGUUUAUUGUGGAUAAUCAGCCUAAUCAGGUUAUUAAAACAAAUACAAAUUUCACAGCUUCAGUGAGAUGGCUUAUUGGGCCACAAUUGGGAUUAAAUAAUAGCAUCUCGAAUGUUGAAUGUAUUGUUGUACCAGAGGACCAGGCAAGACAUCUUAACAAAGGACAAAAAAUAAACCAAGCCAUAAAUGCAUCUUCAAAAGAAAUCCGGGGAAAUGAAGUUAAAAUGGAAUAUCAGGAACAGAAUCGUGUCUAUUCCGCUAAUUUCAAAGCCCUACAAAUCAAAAAAAUUCAACGAGCUGAACGCAGAGGAAGCUCUGAAAGUGUUAUGGAUGAAAAAUUAGCCUUACUCUUUCGUAUGACUGUAGUAGUAAAUAAUUCUUCUUUUACUGUCUCAACACUAUCUCCACCUGUAGUUGUAAUUGUUCAUGGAAAUCAAGAACACCAAGCUUGUGCCACCAUUAUGUGGGAUAAUGCCUUUUCGGAAAUUGGACGGGAUCUAUUUGUUGUUCCGGAUAGAGUUUCAUGGACGAAAUUAUCAGAAGCACUUUAUUUAAAAUGUUUUUCAGAAACCAAACGUGGAUUCACCGAUGCAAACAGAUAUUUUUUGUAUGAAAAAUUCUUCCCCAACCACAACAUGAUACCCGAAGUAGAAAUCUCUUGGACAAAAUUCUGCAAAGAUGAAUUGACUGGAUUCCCUUUCACAUUCUGGGAAUGGUUCUAUUAUACGAUAAAACUUAUCAAAGAACGUUUGCUUGAACCUUGGAAUGCCGAUUUGAUUGAAGGUUUCAUAAGUAAGAAGGCUACUACAGAAAAAUUACAAUCACGACCACCUGGAACAUUUUUAUUGAGAUUUUCCGAUAGUAUUAAGGGUGCUAUAACAAUAUCAUAUGUCAAUGAAUAUAAUCAAGUAGAUCAUAUUCAACCAUGGAAUAGCAAAGACCUACAAAAUCGUUGUUUAGCAGAUCGAAUAAGAGAUUUGGUUGUUCUCGAAAGACUAUAUCCCCAUGAAAUACCAAAAUCUUAUUUGUUUGAUAGAUUUUGUUCAAUUGACGAUCAAAAAGUAAAUGUAGGAUAUGUUCCCGGAGUUCCUAUUACGACUAUUUUAAGAACUCCGCCAGCAGCAGCAACAACACCUACGCUUUUGGAAAAUAUGCUUCAAGAGAAACCUAUGGCUAUUGAAGAAAUGUUAAUUGAGUAAGAAAACCAAUGAACAUUCUUUGGAAUACAAUUACGAUUUUGACAACAAUUAUGAUAAAUUUGUUACGUUGGACAAAUUUAUUCAAAAUUUCUAAUUAUUAUUAAAUUUUAAUCUAAGUAUUGUAAUAAGGAAUAGUUUUAAGUAUUUUUUAAAAAAGAUUUUUAUGAUAUUCAAAUGAAAUAAGUACCUACCAUGACGUGCGUCGUCAACACGCCCGCGCCGGCAAAACAGUAAAAAAACAUCUUUAUCAUUAUAAAUAUUAAACUACAUUAUAUGUAGAUAACAAAAUAUUGUAAAUAAGUUAUAGAUUUUAUCGAAUAAUUUAAAUUAACAUACUUACAAUUUGAUUUCAUUAUAUUAUUACAAAUUAUUUGUAGAACUUAAAAUUAUGUACAGAAUACAUACCAAAAUUAUUAUUAUAUAAAAAUUAUUCAAUAAAAUAAACAAAAUGUUACCAGUUACAAAUAUUUUGGUAUA